AUGCAGUUCAAGAGCCUCGUCUACUUGGCGGCCGUCGCAGCUGCGGCGCCCAACUUACACCGUCCCGGGUCGCCGGAAUCGAUCAAGAAUCUCAAAGACAAGAUCAAGAAUGUCGUCAUCAUGGUCAUGGAGAACCGGUCAUUUGAUAACCUGAUGGGCGGGCAGACGCUGGCGGGCCUCGAGAACCCGAUCCAGACGGGCCCGUACUGCAACCCGCUCAACAUCAGCAACCCCGGCACCGGCACCGGCUGCACCGAGGCACUCGACUUUGACUCCAUCAUCAACGACCCGGACCACUCCAUCUCGGGCAACAACCUCGAGUUCUACGGCUCCUUUACGCCCGACAAUGCGGCCAUCAAGGCGGGCACGCUCCAGCCCGACAUGAGCGGCUUCCUCACGGAGCAGAUCCGUCUGUACGGCAAAAAGGCGGACGAGCAGGUCCUGCAGACGCAAGUCAUCAACUACUACACGGAGACGCAGGUCCCGGUCAUUACCGCGCUGACGCAAAACUUUGUCGUGUUUAACCACUGGCACUCUGAUGUUCCCGGUCCAACCAACCCGAACCGCGUGGCCCUGUGCUCGGGGACGUCGGCGGGCAAGGGCAAGAACAACUUCCAGUACAACACGAUGACGCAGCGGUCCAUCUUCCAGGAGGUGACGGAGCUGGGGCUGGAGUGGAAGGACUACCUGGUGGACACGUCGAUCCAGGACGCGCGGUGGUUCACUUGGACGUACGAGAGCAACAACACGGAUCGCAUCGUCUUCAUGGACGAGUUCUACGAGGACGCGCGCCAGGGCACGCUGCCGCACCUCGCGUACAUCAACCCGUCGUGCUGCGGGGUGGGCACCAACUCGAUGCACCCGACCGGGCGCGUCUCGGACGGCGAGCAGCUCAUCAAGGACGUGUACGAGGCGCUGCGCGGCAGCCCGCAGUGGCACGAGACGCUCUGGAUCGUCACGUUUGACGAGACGGGCGGCUUCCACGACCACGUCCCGCCGCCGCGCGUCGCCCGCCCGGACAAUGCCACCCACUCCGAGACGACGCCCACCGGCGCCGACUACACCUUUGCCUUUGACCGCCUCGGCGGCCGCAUGCCCACCUGGCUCGUCUCGCCCUGGGCCGCGCCCGCCGUCGAGCAGAAGGGUGUAGACGCCUGCGGCAGGACCGUCUCGUACCAUGCCACCUCGAUCCUGCGCACGCUCGGCUACCUCUGGGGCUUUGCGCCGUAUAAUCCCCGCGUCAAGGGCGCGCCGUCGUUUGAUCACUUGAUUGGAACUGAGCUGCGCACGGAUGUGCCGGACAAGUUUCCGACGGUCUCGCAUUUUCUUCAACUCGCCAUGACCCAACUCAAGCCCGUCGCCCCAGCUCCGCAGCAGGACCUCCAAACCGUAGUGCAAAGCCGUGCCAGGGAAUGGCACUUUCACAUUUACUUUCUGCUUCAGUCGCCGACCGAAAAGGCCGCCGCCCUAGCGCUGCGUGAUGCCGUGUUGAGGCUUCGCGCUUUUGUUGCGGUUCCGCUGCAUCAAGUCAACGAGUAUCCCAUCGGACCGCAUCCUGCUGGAUCAUACGAGAUCUGGGUUCCCGAUUCAUCAUUCUCCGACGUCUUCUUUUACCUUGUUCUGAUUCAUCCUCUGACAACGCUGCAGCGUCGCGACCACGAGUUUCGCAAUGGCUGGCUGGGCAAACCCUGGCCGAUUUACCUCGGUGGCCUGCCCAUAGAGAGCGCCGAAGUGCCGCUGCAAUAUCCUGAGCUGCGACUCGGAUGGUCCACAGCUCCAGAGGACGAGUUGUCUCUGGAUGAGCGACGUAAGAAAGGAGCCGAGCUUGAAGCACUGCUGGCGGGAGACCCCGAGGCAGCCCCUGCUCCCGCAAACUAG